UGUUGCUCAGCUGUUCAUAUCAGUCAUAGAUUCCUCUGUCCUUCCGCUCGAUGCUUCCGAGAGAUGUGAAGCUCUCCCUGGGCUGAUGACCGAACCCGAUGUACUAUCGAUAUUGCUCGUGAAUGGCCGAGAUUCGCCAGAGCAUGUCUGCACUACCAUUACCAGCAGCUCCAACGGGAAAUCGAUUCGCCCUCGUUACUUCGGUCAACAACAGCGCACCUAUCAUUAUUGUUACGAUUCUCUCUCUGGCCUUCUCGUUUCUGAUCUUUGCGGUCAGGCUGUUGUUCGUCAAGUGGAGGCGACUCGCACUGGAUGAUGCUGUCCUGGCUCUAGCGCAUGUUGUGGGGGUCGGGCAGUGGAGCUCCGUUUUUGUCGCGUUGAACAACGGUCUGGGGAAGAAUUUGGCAUUGGUCACUGGGACGGAGCAAGCUCGAAUGGCGAGUGCUGUUCUUGCAAGUCGAACCCUCUUUCUGGUAUCACUGUUCCUCUCGAAGCUAUCAGUCCUCCUCGUUAUCCGGUCAUUGUUCUCUUGGGAGAGAAGAAGGAAGAAACUGGCCACCCAUUUGGCGAUCCUCGUUGUCGCUCUCUGGGGUUUUGCGGCAGCCCUGACGCUUUCGGUGCGAUGUUCGCCGGAUUAUGUGCUUGGUAGAGGAGAAGCACAAUGUCUCAAUCAUUUGGUACGAUUAAAAGCAAUUAUGGUUGUCGAUAUACUCACCGAAAGCGCAAUCUUCGUCCUGCCACUCGUCUUCCUCAACGGCUUGCAUAUGGCUACACGAAAGAAGAACCUCGUUGUUAUCGCCUUCUCUUCUAGACUUCCGCUUAUUAUAUUCUCGAUUCUCUACCUCCGCUUUCAAUCCAAUUACAUACGGAUAUCCAGCUCUGGUACCGCAAUCGUCCCCGUUAUACUCUUUCAAGAAAUAUACCUUGGUUACUCUCUCAUGUCAGCGACCAUACCUUGUCUCAAAUCAUUUGUCCAAGGCUUCACAACAGGAGGCGUAGGAUACGAAAGGGAUGAACCAUGGUUAUUCAGCACAAGCUCUUCAAGGGAUAGGUUCAAGAUGCGUUCGAUAGCAAAGAAACUACCCUUGCCGACUCUGCCGCCCGAACCUCUACCGAUGCCGCAGCCUGCGAAAUUUCCGAGCUCACGAUUACAGGAUUCCAUAGAUACCACAGAGGGUGGAAGGUCGUUGAGAAGUCAAGGGUCGCAGCAGCCUAUGAUCUGGGAGGCGAGAUGAUUUUCGACUUUGAAAUGGUGUAUAUUACGAUGUAAAGUUAUCAUUUCUUUUGAGGAGCAUAUCGGGUGCCUACAAGGUCGGGCUAAGGGAAAUUCAUGGUAGAGGAGUUACGGGCAU